GUGGCUUCUUGGUGCACACGGCUGGUGGUCUGGCAGAAAUCACACCCCACACCCAUGGGGCGGCUGUAGCUGGGUUUAUAACUCGCUGCCUUGAAGCCAGGAGCUGUCUGCUCCGCUAGCUGGAGGCUGAGCUGGGCCGUCCCGACCCAGAGCUCCUGUGGGGCGGGAUCAUGGCGGGACUCUGCUCCCAGCUGGCCGUGCUGCUCCUGCUGCUGGUGCUGCCGUCCUCAGCGCAUGGUGCUGAGAGUCAAGACCAGCCAGUGUUCAGCCGUAUCAUAGGGGGGCAGGAUGCACAGGAGGGUCAAUGGCCCUGGCAAGUCAGUGUGCAGAAAUAUGAUGACAAAAAACAUGAAUACCACCACAUCUGUGGAGGAUCCCUCAUCUCAGCCCAGUGGGUGGUGUCAGCUGCUCACUGCUUCAAUCGCUCUCUGCCCUAUUCCCAGUACCAGUUAGUGCUGGGAGCGCACCAGCUCCUCAACCCCUCCCCCAAUGAGGUCCUGGCCGAGGUGCAGAAGAUCAUCCCCCACCCCCGGUACAAUAGGAGGAGCUUCAUUGCUGACAUCGCCUUGGUGAGGCUGAAGGAGCCAGUGAAAUCCACGUUCAUCCGGCCCAUCUCCCUGCCAGGUGCCUCCCGCCAGUUCCGCGUGGGGAAGAGGUGUUGGGUCACCGGCUGGGGACGGGUAGAAGUGAGCGAGCCUCUCCAGCCACCCCAGACCCUGCAGGAGCUGGAGGUUCCCAUCCUCAGCACAGCGACCUGCAACAAGCGUUACAGCACACUGAGACGAAAACCAUUUCUGGGUCCACAGGCAGUCAAAUCCAGCAUGAUCUGCGCUGGGUACAUGGACAGCAACAAGGGAUUCUGCAAUGGCGACUCCGGGGGGCCUCUGGCCUGUCAGCAGGGCGGCACCUGGUACCUGGCCGGAGUCGUGAGCUGGUUUCUGACCAGAAAAGUGAGUGGAAGCGUCUGUUCUCAUCCCAAGUUCCCCGGGGUCUUCACCCGGGUGACGGCCUACGACAGCUGGAUCCAGGAGCAUGUGAAGGGCUUUCCCCCACUGAUCGUUGCUGUCCCUCUGCUCCCCAGCUCUUUCCCCCAGUCUGCCUAUCGUGUGACCCUCGGGGAGCACCAGCUGUCCAACCCCUCCCCGAGCCGGGUCUCAUCCCCUGUGCGCCAGAUCCUCGUCCACCCCGAUUACAACAGGGGGACCCGUUCCGCCGACAUUGCCCUAGUGCAGCUCACGGAGCCAGUGCGAUACACCGACGAAAUCCUCCCCGUCUGCUUGCCAGGCCCCUCCCACUCCUUCCCUGGCAACCACACAUGCUGGGUCACCGGCUGGGGGACAACAGCCUCUGCGGUCUCUCUCCCACCCCCCAAAACGCUGCAGGAGGUUCCGGUCCAGCUGAUGGACACUGCCCUGCAACGCCUCUACAACAUCGACCCGGCCCCGAACAUCGGCAGGGACCCCAUUAAACCCAACAUGAUCUGUGCCAGCUACGCCAAAGGGCAGAGGGACUCCUGCCAGGGUGACUCUGGGGGGCCACUGACCUGUGACCACAAUGGGACCUGGUUCCUGAUGGGGGUUGUGAGUUGGGGGGACGGCUGUGGCCAGCCCAAUCGCCCCAGUGUCUAUGUCCGGACAGUGGCCUAUGGUGAAUGGAUAUGGGGGCACAUGCUAGGAACACGCACCAGCACCAGCAGCCAGGCCAGCUGGGAGCCCAGCCCACCCCCGGGCCAGCCCCACGUGAGCCCUGGGGCCGGGCAGCUCGGAGCUGGGGGCGAUCUGGGCCGGCCCCCGGCUGGGACCAGAGAUUUGCAGUCGAAUCAGCAGCAGAGUGUUUACACCCGUUUCCCCAGUUUGACCCCGGCGGUUUCCCUGACUUCCGAGCUGUUUCCAUUCGGAGGAAAAAUCGGGGCGAGGAGCCAGGCCUGCUCUUCGCUGCAGUCCCCGUCCUGUGAUCUCUGCGAUGCCGCCCGGGUCAUGUCUGAAAGGUUAGACACAGAGACGUCGAUUCUCAAGCCAGAUGGGACCAUGGUGAUCACCUCGCCUGAGCUCCUGCGCUACCAGACUGGGAAGGGCUGGAGUUGUAUCGGUGCAGAGGAGAGUCAAGACCAGCCAGAAUCAAGGCAGGAACGGCUGGGGGGAAGGGAGGGGCAGGUUCCUCUUAUUUGGUUUGCAGCAACAUCUUUUUGUGGCCUCUGCCCCCUCAUUGACCCGCUGCUCUUGGUCAAGCCAUCCCCACGGUGCUGUGCAGCUGUUCUGCUGCUGUCCCUGCCCCAGAGGUGGCUGCAUCUCAGUAUCACACUGUCUUCCCCUUUUCCUUUUCUCUCCCUCAGCUCCGUGUCCCCUGCCCAGUACCGUGUGGUGCUGGGAGCGCACCAGCUCCUCCCUCUCUCCCCAAAACCAGUCCUGGCCGAGGUGCAGCAGAUCAUCCCCCACCCCAGGUACAAUCACACGAGCAAAGUUGCUGACGUCGCCUUGGUGAGGCUGAAGGAGCCAGUGAAUUCCACAUUCAUCCAGCUCAUCUCCCUGCCGGGGGCCACCCGCCAGUUCCCCGUGGGGAAGAAGUGUUGGGUCACCGGCUGGGGAAACGUUGAAGUGACCAAGCCUCUCCAACCACCCCAGACCCUGCAGCAGCUGGAGGUUCCCAUCCUCAGUACAGCGGCCUGCAAUGAUCGUUACAACACACUGAGUCCAGGCUCACCUCUGGGUCCAGAGAGAAUCAAAAGUGACAUGAUCUGCGCCGGGUACAUGGACAGCAACAAGGGAUUCUGCAAAGGCGACUCCGGGGGGCCUCUGGCCUGUGAGCAGGGUGGCACCUGGUACCUGGCCGGAGUCGUGAGCUGGUUUAGGAUCAGAAAUGUGAGUGGAAUCGUCUGUUCUGAGCCCACGUUCCCCGGGGUCUUCACCCGGGUGACGGCCUACAGCAGCUGGAUCCAGGGGCACGUGAACGGCGUGGGACCCUCUGCUGUCACAUCUCCAGCAGCACUGACACUCGCCGCCCUCCUCCUCACAGCUCUGUGAGCCACGCACGGACCUGCCCCUGGCACUGCCAGGCCAACCCCCCUCAGGAUGUCUAUAGACCCCCCUUGACACCGGGUGUGGGCCCCGCGCUGCUGGGGUCUGCGGGACGCGGCUGGGAGAGGCUGGUGGAUGGAAGC